ACGGACAGCCUUUCAGUUUCGUUUCUCGCAGACUGGUGGGUGUGUCUAUCGGUUGUGCAGCUAUGGCAAAAGCUAAGGAAGAAUUUGGAGCGUCUCCUAGCUUAGAAGAUGAACUCACCUGUUCCAUCUGCCUGUCUCUGUACAGGAACCCCGUGUCACUCUGCUGCGGUCACAGCUUCUGCAAGCAGUGUGUCCAGAAGGCGCUCAGCGCUCAGCAGCAGGACAAGGCCCCCUACUCCUGCCCGCUAUGUAGGAUCGAGCUGGGGCCCAUCCUGGAGCUGCAAAAUAACUUCCAUCUGUGCAACAUCGUGGAGACAUAUCUGGCCAACAAAAGGAAGCAGGACGAGAGCUUUGCGAUGGAAAAAGGAGAGGCAGUUCCCUGUGACUUCUGCCUUGACAAGCCCCAGCCGGCCGUGAAGACGUGCCUGAUCUGCGAUGCCUCCCUUUGCCGGGCCCACCUGGACAAGCACAACGCCAGGGCCUCCCACAGAGACCACAUCCUGGUGGAGGUGGGCACGGAUGGCUCGAAGGAGGAGAGGAGGUGCCAGGAACACGGCAAGGUCUUGGAGUACUUCUGCCAGGACGAGAGGCUGUUCAUCUGUGCGCUGUGCUCCAUUGCAGGGUGCCACAAGGGCCACAAGAUCCUCACCCUGAAGGAGGCCCAUGACAGGAACCUGGAUGACCUCUCUCAAACUAUGGAUAGGCUGCUGAGAUACAUAGAUGAUUUAUCUAUCGCCCUUGAGGAGCUUCAGCAAAACAAGAAUCAGAUCGAGACUAAUACGAAAACAGUGACUUCUCUGCUACAAAAUAUGUUUGGAGAGAUAAAGACACAGAUAAAAAUGAAAGAGAAGAAGAUCCUCAGUGAUAUUCAAUCCAGUGAGAAAUCACAACUAGCAGAAUGUGCCAAACAGAAGAAAGAGAUGGAAGAAAAGAGAGAUGAGUUUGUGCAGCAUCUUCAGUCCUUGCAGAAGAUAAAAGAACAACCAAACACUUUCCAUAUCUUCAAAGAAUUGAGGCUGGUGCUGGACAGCAUUUCUAGUCACAAGUUCAGGAUCUAUCCGAAGAUGGAUGUGUCAGUGGUGGAGCUGGACGGGGCCGCUGUCAGCAGCUUCAAGACAGUGAUGAGGGAGUGCUCAUCCCGCCUGGACACGUACUUGCAAGGACUACUCACUAACCAGAUUAAGUGGGACAGUGAGGAUCCAGCUGCUGGUAGCAGUUCAAACAACAAAUGUAAGAAGUCAAAACAAAAACAAUCCCAUAAAUUUCAUUAACUGAAAUAGAUGGAGAGCACAAGAGUGUAAUACCAACUGAAAGGAUGAAGAUGUGAACAAAGUGAGUGGUAUACAUAUUGCUGGAAGAAAGGGAGAUGCCAAAAAGCUCAGAACACAGAGAAAAAGAAGUUAAAGAUUGUCCAAAAUGUUCUUUAAUUCCAGGCUGCCAUUGAGUGUCUUGGUCUUCCUUAUGAAACUCCUAUUAAAAACAAUUCUAUAGCAAUGCAAAUUUUGAAAAGAGGUGUCAAGUAUUAACAUGAAAAUAAGAAAAUCUCCAACUACAUCAUCUUGUAGCACUAAUGUUACGUGUGUCCUAUUAACUGAAGUGACUAGGUUGUCUUUUUAUGGUAGUGUAACUAAAUAAAGAGCUGUAGAUAUAAA